CGCAGCGACCUUGGCCUUUCGUAGCCCAUCAUCUCUCUCUCUCCCUCUUUCUUUGUGUAGCCGAAGGCACCAAAUUGAUCCCCUUCCCCUCUUUUCCCCAGUGCUAUACGCCACCAAACGGGCAGGGGUUAACGGAGAAAGGAACGGAACAGCGGAAAGGAGCAGGGUUGCUGCAUGUCAGAUCGUGGCCUCGGCGGUGAGGGUUAUUACGGCGGAUUCGGUGAGCUUGCAAAUCCCCUGCAAUGGCCACAACUGAGGAAAAAGCGGCGCCUUGCUGCUCCCCGCGCCUCCUCCCUAUCGAACCCGGCGCUGCGGCUGCUGCCUCCAAGAGGGGUUGGAUCGCGGAGGAUGGAGCCAAGAGAUCAGCUACAGUAGCAGUGGGCGCCACGACGGCCAUGACCUCGCUCAUCGACCCUGUCGAGGAUAUUCAGGAUCCGUCUGCUGCUAAGGCAUCUGCUAAGGGGAUACCCAUGAUGAUGAGGUCUCAGUCAAGCCACCCUCUUGAUCCAUUAUCUGCUGCUGAAAUCUCUGUUGCAGUAGCAACUGUUAGGGCUGCCGGUGCAACCCCUGAGGUCAGGGAUGGUAUGAGGUUUGUUGAAGUCGUUCUGUUGGAGCCUGAGAAAAGUAUUGUGGCAUUAGCUGAUGCCUACUUUUUCCCCCCUUUCCAACCAUCUCUGCUUCCCAGAACAAAAGGUGCUCCUGUCAUCCCAAGCAAACUUCCUCCUAAGAGGGCUCGGCUUAUUGUCUAUAACAAAAAGUCAAAUGAAACCAGCAUCUGGGUUGUUGAACUAUCUGAAGUACAUGCUGCUACUCGUGGUGGCCAUCAUAGAGGAAGAGUCAUCUCGUCUGAAGUUGUUCCUGAUGUACAACCUCCCAUGGAUGCUAUAGAAUAUGCGGAGUGUGAAGCUGCUGUUAAGAGCUAUCCUCCAUUCAUUGAGGCUAUGAGAAAGAGAGGAGUAGAUGAUAUGGAUCUUGUAAUGGUUGAUGCAUGGUGUGUUGGUUAUCAUAUUGAUGCUGAUGCUCCUAGCCGCAGACUUGCAAAACCGCUAAUUUUUUGCCGAACUGAGAGUGAUUGCCCCAUGGAGAAUGGUUAUGCACGUCCUGUUGAAGGCAUUUAUAUUCUUGUUGACAUUCAAAACAAUGUGAUAAUCGAGUUUGAAGAUAGAAAACUGGUCCCUCUACCUCCAGCAGAUCCAUUGAGAAACUAUACAGCUGGAGAUACUCGUGGUGGUGUUGAUAGAAGUGAUGUGAAACCUCUGCAAAUUAUUCAGCCCGAGGGCCCAAGCUUCCGCAUAAAUGGUUAUUUUGUGGAAUGGCAAAAGUGGAGCUUCCGGAUUGGUUUCACCCCAAGGGAGGGCUUAGUAAUACACUCUUUAGCAUACAUUGAUGGCAGUCGUGGUAGGAGACCCGUCGCACAUAGAUUGAGUUUUGUUGAGAUGGUAGUUCCAUAUGGAGAUCCGAAUGAGCCACAUUACCGCAAGAAUGCAUUUGAUGCUGGUGAAGAUGGUCUUGGGAAAAAUGCUCACUCUCUUAAAAGGGGUUGUGACUGCCUGGGUUACAUCAAAUAUUUUGAUGCUCAUUUUACUAACUAUACUGGCGGUGUAGAGACCAUCGAAAACUGUGUCUGUUUGCAUGAGGAGGACCAUGGAAUCUUAUGGAAACAUCAAGAUUGGCGAACAGGUUUAGCGGAAGUUAGGCGAUCAAGGAGGUUAACUAUUUCUUUCAUAUGUACUGUUGCUAACUAUGAAUAUGGCUUUUUCUGGUACCUCUAUCAGGAUGGUAAAAUUGAAGCUGAAGUAAAAUUGACUGGAAUAUUAAGCUUGGGUGCUUUGCAACCUGGUCAGUCUAGAAAAUAUGGGACAACCAUUGCCCCAGGGUUGUAUGCACCAGUUCAUCAACAUUUCUUUGUUGCUCGUAUGGACAUGGCUGUUGAUUGUAAACCUACUGAAGCAUUUAAUCAGGUGAUUGAGGUGAACGUUAAAGUUGAAGAGCCGGGUAAAAAUAACAUUCAUAACAAUGCUUUUUAUGCUGAAGAAAAGCUUCUCAAAUCAGAAUUGGAGGCUAUGAGGGAUUGUGAUCCUUUGUCUGCACGCCACUGGAUUGUAAGGAACACACGAACUGUAAAUCGAACAGGCCAACCUACAGGCUAUAAGCUUGUGCCUGGGCUGAAUUGCCUCCCAUUAGCUGGUCCAGAAGCAAAAUUUUUGAGAAGAGCAGGCUUCUUAAAACACAAUCUAUGGGUCACACCUUAUAAUCGUGAUGAAAUGUUUCCUGGAGGAGAGUUUCCCAAUCAAAAUCCCCGCUUAAAUGAGGGGUUGGCAACAUGGGCUAAAAAGAAUAGGUCCCUUGAGGAAACCAACAUUGUCUUAUGGUAUGUGUUUGGCAUCACCCACAUACCCAGGUUGGAAGAUUGGCCGGUUAUGCCUGUGGAAAGGAUCGGAUUUAUGCUGAUGCCGCAUGGCUUCUUCAACUGCUCCCCGGCAGUAGAUGUGCCGCCGAGUGUUAGCGAGAUUGAUAAAGAUGGUGGAUCGCCAAAGUUGAUAUCCAGCACUGGAUUGCUUGCCAAACUUUAAGCGAAGAAGAUGAUUUACCAAAAUUUCUUCAGGACUGAUAUUGACUGGAAUGUGUUUGCUUCGUUUGUGUUUAUUUGUUAACGUCUAUUUUGCAACCAGAAAGGGUGGACCUUUACUUUCUUGCAGAAACUAUGAAAGAUAAUUUGAUUGCUAUA